UCGGGUGUUGGUGCUGAAUCGGUUCGCGCGGCAGUCUGUGGUGAAAUAUUGAUUUCAUCGUGCUGUUACCGCGCGGGCACGAUGCAGUGCAGCUUGUGACAUUUCACAGCCUGUAUUGACCCCCCCCCCACACACACACAAAGAAAAGUGCUACGGAAGUUCAACCGCAGCCCGUUAAGUGGAGCAGUGGGCUGGAGGAGAGCAGGUUGCUGUGAGUGAUGGAGCAGGUCGCUGCGUGAUGCUAAUGAUCACACAUAGAUCACUCGGGCUUUAGAACAACUCCAGCUAUGAUCCACUGGAACUGAAAGGGGGGACAACGAGGGAGGCUCCGGUGAGACCUUUGGACUUCCAUUUACCGGAGGAGCCAAACAACAUCAACAGCUCUUCUCAUCCACAGCAAACACACACAAUAAGUGGCAAAUUAAUGUAAUAAAAGUUCCAAGAGAUGACAUUUUGCCCUUUGUCUAAUCAGCUGAAGGGGCAUAAUCACACUGACCCUGAAGAGGUGAGGCAGGGAGGGAAGAAACAGUUGUAAGGCCAUAGAUGGCCUCAUCACAUUACAGGUGUCUUUGAGCGUGGGAAAAAGAAUCAGUCCGUCAUGAGCAUCCCAACAGAUUUACAGGACCUGAGGGUCAACGUUGACAGAGGAGAGAGGAUUGGAAACAAAACACAGAUCCAGUUCCCCCAAUCAGGAGAUGACAAUGGCAACCAAUUAUCCUCCAUCGGUGAUCAAGAGGGAAGAGGACCGAUAGAGGACACAAGCUACAGCCCAAGCUCCAUUCCUCCUUUGGUCUCCCAGAGCGACUCCCCCAACAGGCUAGUGAUCUGGGGCUCUGAGCAGCAAUGUUUGGAGCCUGAGCUCAGAGGGUUUGACCUUUUGGAGUGUCAGGAGAUACAUACCUUCUUGGGGAACAGGGAUCAGGAGGAGGACGAUGACGAUGGCGGAAGUAUGAGGGAUGGUAAAGACGAAGGUCCCAUGUCCAUAUCCUCCAGCUCCACCGCCAGCUCUGCUUCGAUUGGUGUCAGGGGCAAUGACAAUGACGACAACAAAGUGGAGAGCAGAAUACAGUGGGACAGAGGACAUAGCACCGAAGAGCUGGACACAUGUGUCACAGGCUCACAAGAGAAAAGGGAUACCAGGUCAGGCAGGGACAGGGAGAGACGGAAGGGAGGUCUGAAGGAGUCUAAGUCUGACACAAAUGUCUUUGUCUCCAGUCUGUCAGCCGUUUCCUUCAGCGGGAGCCUGUCGAGCGCUCUGGAUAGUAGCGGAGAAGCGUGCGCUCUCUUCUCGCUGUCCAGCUCUAAGACCAACCUUUAUUCUCAUUCGAACAACACUACCUCAGCUCAUACUAGAAACAUGGCUGCCAACUCCAACUCCCCGCCGUCGCAUCCUCAGGAGAAACAAGGCCACCCUCAAUACCACGGCCAGGAUCAGAGACAGGACGAGGGGAGUCAUCACAGAAAUGGGUCGACCUCUGACGGGCUGCUGGGCCAAAGGAGGAAGGCAGGAUUUGAGGAAAGGGUGAUGCCGCCGCGACGGCAACAGCUCGUCAGACCCCUCUGUCAGACAGAAGCGGGAAGAGCAAGGGGCUUAGCAGAGACCAAUGCUCACCAAGCUGAGACAAGGCCACCUUCUCCCCCCAAAACCUCUCCAGAUUCACAGAGGAGCGGGUCGAACAGACAGUUUACAAAAUCGUCUUUGCGGGCACCGUCAGAUUUCUCUAACCUGUACAGCACACCCGGAGGCCCACAGCCCAGGCAGCCCACCCAGGCGGCCCAGAGGGAGGCUCGACCUGCGGAAAAACCUCCAGCACCAACUGCAUGGCGUAAUUCGAGUCCUUCAGAUCCUUCCACUUUCGAGAAGAGACCCCAGACUCAGCUCACAUACAGAAGGAAUUGCUCCAGUCCCAACCGGACAGGGGUUGAUUCCAAGUCAUCUACACCUCCCCACUCCCCUCUCAGGACUCCCCAGGGUUCACCACGCCGGCAGGCCUCCAUGUACCUUGUUUCCAGGAGUGUCCCUGGAGUGGUAAGACACAUACCGUCAGGAUUCAACCCCGCUGUAACAUCCUCCCCUCAGGGCUAUGGCAAUAGUUGCAUGAGAACACCGGUCAAAACCAAUAUAAGCACAAGUGGAAUUCCCAAAGCGCCUCUUAACAACCAGCAGAGCUAUAACCCCAACUGCAGCCCCAGGGAGAGCUCCCCAUCACCCAAACUCAAACCUAAAGGAGUUCGGCCCAAAAUCAUUACCUAUGUUCGGAAGAAUCCUCAGUUCAAGCCCCAGGCUGUCGACGGACCUUAUCAGGUAUCCUCUCUGCCGUCCCGGCUGUCAGCCUACACACACGGUCAAAUAUCUUCUUCUUUCAAAGCCAACGGUAAAGAGCCAUCCAAGCCCGAAGCGGAGAGCAGAGGACCCCCAGUGCUCAGUGCCUCCAAUCUGCUUUACGACAAGUACCGCCAGGACACACAGACAAACCUCUUCCCACCAGGAAUGCUGGGUAGGAGUAUGAAGCCCGCCGGAAAUACACACACCGUCCCCCCGGCACACACACACAGCCACACAGCGCCCCCAAAACUGGGCGGCAAAACAGACACCUUCUACGGGGCUCCAUCGGAGGUGGGAAGAUCUGCCAGUUUUAAAGGGAGCACAGCUGAGGAUGCGUUGCAGUCGAGGGUGGCAGCUCAGGCCAGAGGAAGCGGCAGCCUCCUGCGCUCUGGCAGAGGUCUGCGUCUGGGCCUGGGAGCUGUCAACAGGGCAAGUACGGGCUCAGUCAAGGCCAGAGGACCCGGUCAAUCAGCACUGGUCUUCAGCCAGCCAGUCCAACCUGUCAGCCCGGCGACUAGUCAGAACACAGAUGACCAGGUCUUCAGCCAUCAUGUUCCUCCUCCUCCUCCUGCUGCUCCAGCGAGAGCGCCACCACAGCCCCAGGCCGUGGCCUCCAGGUCUCUGCUUCCCAAAGCGAGCCAGUCCGGCCUGCGCCCCCCAGGCUUCAGCUCCAGCCGCCUCCCCGCCGGCCGCCUGGCAGCUUUCGGCUUCGUCCGGAGCUCCAGCGUCUCGUCCGCCUCCUCGGGCCACUCCGGUGACAGCGCACAGAGUGACAACUACGGGACGGCUCACGGUCCGAGUGUGAGUGAGGAUCCUCCCCCUCACAGAGUGACCACCGACCCUCCGCCGAUCGAUCACCACCGAGGGGCACCUAGUCGCAGCAGCGGCCUCCAGCCGCCCUCCACCCCGGCUCUGCCGCGGCGCUACCUGCCCGCCCAGCCGAGGAGUUCCCCCGGAGUCGGCAGGAAGGAGUUUCAACGGAUCUCAGAUGUCACACAUUCCCUCCCCUCCUCCCCAAAGAGGCUAGCGGUGGUUCCGCCGAAACCUCAGUCCUCGGUCCAGUGUGGGCAGCGGCCAGCGGCAGCAGUGCGGGGGUCAGCUCCCCAGGGGUCCCCUCCCCGUGUGGCCCCCCUGAGGCUGCAGCAGGAACAGCAGGAGAGCCUGCAAAGGGAGAAAGAGGAGGCUCAGCGGAAUGAGCGAGCGAGGCAAGCUGAGGAGAGAGAAAAAAAUGAGCUGAGGGACGAGGUGCAGAGGCUGCAAGGACACUGUGAGCAGCAGGAGAGGCAGCUCGGGGCCCUAAGAGAAGAAUUGAAAAAGACUUCCUUGGGUCUAGAAGCCUUUAUUAUCACCACUCAGCACUACUGCCUCAAGAAUAACACUUCAAAGGAAAAUCAAAGGAAAUUGUCGAUGGCAAUGCUAAAGAUCAGAGAGGAAAUGGCAUUGAACUCAGCGCAGUGGGAGAGGCUCCGCUGGGAGAAGACGGCGCUGGAGGAGGCGUUCCAACGAGAGCUGCAGGAGCUCCAGCAGCAGCAGGAGGAAGAGCUGGCUGCCGUGGAGGAUGUGCUCAGGAAGUGUCACUCGGCAGAGGCGGACCACCUGAAGGAGGAGCACCGGUCGGAGAUGGAGGAGCUGAGGACUCAGCAACAGGAACAGAUGGAGGAGAUGACAGUCAACCAGCGGGCAGCCAUUCAGGAGCUCAGAGACAUGCAUAACAUUACCAUGGCAACGCUGCAUGAGGAGCACGCCCGUACAAUGAGAGACAUAAGGAAAGCUCAUGAGCAACAGAAGAGGCUUCUAGAGGAAGAGUUUGAGAAACUCAGGCUUUCUCUACAGGAUCAGGUGGACACCCUCACGUUUCAAAACCAGAGCCUGAGGGACAGAGCCAAACGAUUUGAGGAGGCUCUGAGGAGGAGCACAGAUGAACAGAUCGUUGACGCUUUGGCUCCGUACCAGCACAUCGAACAAGACCUGAAGAGCUUGAAGGAGGUUUUGGAAAUGAAGAACCAGCAGAUACACCAGCAGGAGAAGAAGAUCUCGGAUCUGGAGAAAGUGGCCCAAAAGAACGUGUUCCUCGAGGAGAAGGUCCAGGUCCUGCAGCAGCAGAAUGAAAAUCUGAGGGCUCGUAUUGAAAAUAACCUUGUGAUGUCCAGGCAACUGUCCGAGGAGAACGCCAACCUCCACGACUCAGUCGAGAAGGAGAGCACUGAGAAGAAGCGGCUGAGCCGCAACAACGAUGAGCUCCUCUGGCGUCUGCAGACCAGCCCCCUCGUGUCCCCCGCCUCCUCGCCGCUCCACCGCUCCUUCUCCACCUCCCCGGCGCCCUCGUCUCCAUUCUUCUCCUCCUCACCUGUGGCCUGCUGUGACUCCCCCACCCACUGCCACGGCUGUCUCCAGCAGGCUCAAUACUGCUCCCCUUCCCACAGAGCCGCCACCAAUCAGAACCUCUCCCCUGGACCCGGCACGCCGACUCACAGAGCAGCAAGCAAUCCCAACUGCUCCCCCGGCCCGGCCACGCCCACUCACAGGGCGACAGCCAAUCGCUGCAACGCAGCCGCGCCGCUCGGCUCUUUUCAGAGAUAAGCUCACAUCUCUCUCUCUCUCUCUCUCUCUCUCUGCCUCCCUUUUAUUUUCUUAUCUGGCUCUUUCUCCUUUAUUUGAAUAAUUCUCUUCCUUCCUUUUUUUUUAAUGCGAAUGCCCGUGAAACACAUGUUGAAGAACAACGAGGGACUGUAGUCCCGGGGACAGGAGGUUGAUCUGGGAGCUUUUACAGC